AUACUAUCUCCUAUCAAAGGUGUAUGCGAAACGGAACACCGACACUCUGUUACAAGCCGUCAUAACCGUUCAAUUCGAAUCCAAUUGGAGUUGUAAAAAUUUACUCUGACAGCCGUAUCUGUUGUAGCCAAAACCACGGGGUUUUCCGGAGAUAGCGGUGAAUACUUGUUUUGGAACAAUACACCGACCCCGACCACGAUUGAACUGCCGGCUCCCACAUUAAUCCUGGACUAAAAGCCUAAGGCAGAUCGAGUAUGAAUUUCAAUGGCACUAACAUAAAUGAUCCCGCAGGGGUGAAGGCUCUUCUUGACACUCUGCAAGCAUCGCAGGCCUGGCAACAGGCUGUCACGACCUCAGCGGAGAACAAGGACGUAGCCAAGGUUCCCCAAGAGGCUAUCGUAGAGACUCCCCCAUCGUCUUCAUCUGCUUCAAAUUCGGUUGCAUCUCUACUAGCCCAGCUACAGCGUUCCUCCCAGCCGGUCAAGGAACCGUUUAUUAGUUUUGACGGUCCUCGUGUCAACCCCAAGCACAACCCUUCUCCGGCACUUUCCUCGUCUGCGGAAGAUACUCGAUCAUUUACUUUCCAGCAGGCGCUUCCACACCUCGCGCAACUUUCCCAAGACGCCCAAUUCAUCGAGAAGAUCGUGCAGAUCAAAAAAGAACAGAACCUGCUUGAAAGGCAACUCUGGGAAGAGCGGGGUCACAUUCAAAGCAAGUAUGACGAGAAAGUGAAGAAUGCCAGAACUAGGGCAAAUGUCAUAGGCUCCGACAUCUCGAAACAUGAAGCAGAUAUGCUAUGUAAUGCGUAUCGGAGAGAACUGCGACGAUUUGACACUGAGCGAGCUCUGCCUCUCUGGGACAAUCUGGUCCGAGAACAGCAGGAACGGCUUGGCCAGGCCGGUGUUCCUGCAAUGUAUGCGACUACACUGGGAACGGACCGGGAGCGGCAGCAACGUAUCAUCCAAGUACUAGAGGGACUGAUCGGACCAGGAUUUGAGUAACCGAAGUAGCCGUAUGGUCGUAUGUUUUACUGCGAAAGAAAUAUAUUUGAAACGCAUGGCUUGCUGGACGCUAC